UAUCCACAUUUACUAUAGAUCAAAACACACCAUUCGACGAGGAUGCCUUAAAAAGAGCUCUUUAUGAUAGACUAGGAACCGUUUCUUUAUCAUUUCCUUUUGAAAGGCAUAUUCUACAAUGUGGUCAAGCAACUAUAAAUUUUCCAUUUGGCAAAUCUGAAGAAAAACAACCGAGCCCUGAUAGCAUUUCGUGGUUUUCAAUUGGAAACGAUGGGUUUUUAGAGGUAGCUGUAGAUGGCAAAAAACAAGGCACUACUAAGAAAAAUAUGCAUUCAGUAAAAGCGCAACUAAAAAUUUGUAAACUACAAAUUUUCAAUGCAUUUAUUACUAAACUUGACGAAUGUAAUAUUAGAUUAUGUAGUGAUGUUGAAAACAAAAACUUGACAUAUAUAGCUGCAAAAAAUGUGUGCAAAGGCUACAACGAUAACUGGAGAAAUUUGAAAGAUAGUUUUGGUGUAUGGACAUCAAAGCAGUCAACGUUACUUGAUUUUACUGUAUAAUUUAUUUAAUAUACAUUUAAACAAGUACUUGAAUAUUUUUUCAUUUGCACUAAGAGUUUAUAAAAAGUUUCAUCGUAAAAUUAUAAAUUAUUAAUUUUAAUAAAUUAAAUUAUAAGCCAUUGGAAAUAUCCUAAAUAUUUGUAACCUAAAAAGAAUAGAGAAAUGGUCUGUUGCAUAUUAUUUCAAUACUAAUAUAAACAAUGUUUCCAACUGACAGUUUAUAUAAUUAAGAAAUAUAAAAAACAAAUUUUAAGAAAAUAUAAUACAUGGUGAAAGAAAGCAGUUUAGUUCUUUUUUUACAGACAUCAACUACCAUAGGCUAUAAAAUUAAAUAUGUAUAAUCCAGUAGUUAAAAUUCCAUUAUUUGAUGUUCUAACAUAACUAAUCACAAAAAGUAGAAAUUUAAAAGUAUUAUUUAUUUCUACAGAAAAAACGCCAGUUCCUUUAAAAGUUGGCAUAAUAUCUGUUAUUUCCAGAUAUGCAUAUCCUAAAUAAAUAAAACCACUAAAACGUCAACAAAA